GAUUCUUUGCGCUUCACCCUCUGCUCGUCACCUGCACUUCGGCGGCAGCGAGACAUGCGAGCUGCACGGUGAGAACUCCCGACGAAAGCGAACAACCUCGGCAUCUCAGCGACCCAGCGGGAAGAGAGAUCGCUAAAUCGCGCGCGCGCCAGGUCCACACUCGCGGCUACGAAGAUGGGCAAGAAGAACAGCAAGCUUAAGCAAGAUACCAUCGAUCGACUCACCAGCGAUACGUACUUUACCGAGAAGGAGAUCCGUCAAUGGCACAAAGGAUUCCUGAAAGACUGCCCUGAUGGACUGCUAACGGAACAGGGCUUCAUAAAGAUCUACAAGCAGUUCUUCCCCCAGGGUGACCCGUCAAAGUUCGCCUCCCUCGUCUUCAGGGUCUUCGACGAGAACGCCGACGGUACGAUAGAGUUCGAGGAGUUCAUAAGAGCGCUCUCGGUGACGUCACGCGGCAACCUGGACGAAAAACUUCACUGGGCCUUUCGUUUGUACGACGUGGACAACGACGGCUUCAUCACGAGAGACGAAAUGUACAAUAUAGUCGACGCGAUAUAUCAGAUGGUGGGACAGCAGCCGCAAUCCGAGGACGAGAACACGCCCCAGAAAAGGGUCGACAAGAUCUUCGAUCAGAUGGACAAGAACCAUGACGACAAGCUCACUCUGGAGGAAUUCCGGGAGGGCAGCAAGGCCGAUCCGAGGAUCGUGCAGGCAUUGUCGCUGGGCGGCGAGUAACCCUCGAUUUCCAUGGGCGAUCCAUCGAAAUCGGGAGAUUACGUCGUCGUCAUUGUCGUAAUUGUCGACGUGAGCUGGGCGAGCCGCACGCCCCGAUUAAUCGGCCGAUGAGGAACGACCUGAGAAAGGCAAGUCCACGUCCGCGCGGUUCUGGCAUGCACGUAACAGAUAGGCAAUAACGCGAGCAAAACGGCGUCCGCGAGACGCGCUGACUUUUAUGCGAGUAUUUUUAGGGUGGUCUCUCCCUCUCUCAUUCUCUGUCUCCCCUCGCCAUCGAGGAGAGAGAUUUUAGUCUAUCACAUUUCUUUUUCUACUCUCUCGUUCUCGGAGAAGAUCGGUUCUCGUUCCCCGUUGGCGAAUCGAUCCCCCUCCGCCUUCUUCGUUAACGAUCGAAAAUCUCGGUGCUAAGUAGUAGGUGUCUCUAGCGUUCGAGUAAUCGUAGCUUUCAAGGAGACUGGACGUGGCGGAUUUCGCAUUUUUCGCGUUGCAGGCCUUUAAUACCAGAUAAACUGUUACGUACGAACGAUGAAGGUAUAAAUCACUACGUCGGUCAUCUCCCGAGUCGAAAGCGACUCCUCUCCUCUCUUCUAUUCUCUUCUACUUCGCCCUUAUUCCAUCGGCGAGGAGGUAACGUCACGGUAACACAAAGUAAUCAGUAAAAUUCGAAGACACUCGACGAGCAUGCCGUUCGAAUGUCAACGAAGCACGCCGGGGUUAUUUUCGAUUGCAGCGCGAUUCUUACAUUACAUACAGAG